CAACAUAUAUACAUUCUAAAAAAAAACAGAGAGAAAAUCAUUAAGCUAAAUGGAUUUUUCAUUAUCCUUAAGAAGCUCAAGCCUAAUUAGCAUUCCCAAACCAUACCAAAAUAAUAUCAAGCUUCAAAUAAGACAACCUCGUAUGAAGUUCACUAGUGUUUCAUGUGGAGCCACAAAAAAGGUUCAAGUUGAUGGUGAGAGCAAUAACUUGUACAAGAUAUUAAAUUUGAGUCCAAAAAAUGCAAGCAUGGAUGACAUAAAGAGAGCAUAUCGAAGAAUGGCUCUUAAGUAUCAUCCUGAUGUGUGUCACAAUCGUUUGAAGAAAGAGGAAUCAACGAGGAUGUUUGUACAACUCAAUGUAGCUUAUAAUACGUUGUCGAAUCCAAGGCUUAAAGCGGAGUAUGACUUUGAAUUGGGUUUGGAUUUGAGAAGUAAUAAUAAUAUUAAUAUUAAUGUUAGUGAUAAUAGUUGGAAAAAUAAGUGGAUGGAACAAUUGGUUGAAUUGAAAAGAAGGUCUCAUACACGUAUGGAACAAAAAGGUGGAUCAUGGGGUAGUAGAAUGAGGGCUCAAAACAAUAUUAAAGAUGAUGAUCAUAAUUAGUUUUUAGAUCUCUACCAUAUUAAUUUUUGUGUGUUAUUAUUUCAUGUAAUUAACAUUAUAUUAAUUCUUGAAUUUUUGGAA